UUAGAUGUCCCGAAAAUGCAGUCCAAUUGGGUGGAGCUACUACCAAAUCUGUUAAAAAUAUUGAAAGUUCCUGCCAAAAAUCUUUCGGUGGACGGGCAAACAAUGUAUGUCUUGUAUUAUUUGCCCAAAUUAUUUACAAAGGCAAAAGAGAAAGGCAAAAUUCUACAAUUGUUUCCUACUGGAACGUCAAUGGAAAAGAUUGUUCCUGGUGUGACAGAGGCCCCAAAACUUCUUGCGGUUUCCGAUAGGCCAUUAGACGAUCUACAUACAAUAUGCUACAGUGACGGACAGCCAAUUUUUGAAGCGAAAGGCCUCAGAGCCUUGCUGUUAUUGCUCGCUGUAUAUUGGGUUUUCCAAAUCAAUUUUCCACCAGAUGCUAAGCAGCAAUUUUCUUUCAUUGCAAUUGCUGUCUUGAGAGACGUGGCAACAAAAGAAAUUGAUAAAAGCAUUUUAACGAAAAUAACAUUGACAAAUGCUUUAAAACAAUGUAAUUUACUGCCAUCUGCAUCAUCUGAACAAUAAAUAU